UUCGCGUGUAGUGUAAUUACAAUUUUUGCUUUUUUCAGUUUUGUGGUAAAAGAUAAAUCUUUUCAUUUUUUUCAUGUAUUGGAUUUCUUUUCGCUAUGAAUAUGAAGAACUUGAUCGUUAUUAGCGGAGCUGGGGCUGUACCACAAACUUUGGACAAAACUUACUUGAAAUUGGUCACUCCUAAGAUACAGAAAGCCGCAAAUGAAAUGGCAAAUUUUCAUGAUUACAUUAAAGAUGAAUCGGACGAAGAAAGUUUUAAGCCUGUUCGGAAAAAAGUUCGUUUGGAUAAUUUAUCGGAGCACGAGAAAAAUAUGCGACGAAAAAUGAAAAACAGAGAGUCUGCACAAGCCGCUAGAGAUAAGAGAAAAAAUCAUUUGGAAAAUCUAGAGAAACGAGUGCUUGAAUUGGAAGAAGAGAAGGUGACACUGCAACAGGCCAAAAAAUUUGUCGAACAGAAAUGUAAUUUACUGGAAGAAGAUAAUACGCGUUUGAGAAACAGACUUAUGGAAGCUGAAAGUGGUGUUGUUUUUCAAACUCACAAUCGACAAAUAUCGGCAAGUAGCGAACACUGGGAAUCUGUGUGCCGUGACCUGAUGAUCGAGAAAGAAGCACUAGAGUCGCGCGUAGCCGAACUCGAAGAAAAGUUGUGCGCGAAGCCGGAUGCAGACAAAGUCGAGCAGAUGGAUUGUCUCGUGCCAAUCAAAAACGAAAUCAUGGUUUCAACCAGCGAAGAAAAUUCCGAGUCCGCAGCACUCUUGGCAUCUCUGCAGCAGAGCCGUUUUCUUCCCGCGUUGAUGACCAUGGUUUCAAUGUUGCUUGUGUCGACGAAAUAUCCAGUUGCAUCAGAAGGAUGUACGACUCUGCUGGAGCAGUCUUUGAAGAAAACAUACAAAGAGAGGAAGAUAAACCGGGCGAUUCAGCUGUCUAUCAUUCGACAAAAGCUGAAAAAGCAGCACGUUGCACAAACGAGAAUGAUUGCUCUGAAAGAAUUGAAACCACCAUAAACCGGAAACUAGUGGAAAAUUGUAAUGUAAACUCCGUAAAUAAGGAGAGCAAAAGUCCGAAUAAUUACCAAUCGCAAUUUUCGUUGCCAUCAGCUCACGAGUUAUUCAAUGACAAUUUUGCUGGCUUUGAAAUUCCCAAAGACUUAGAACUGGAAGAUUUUGAUCUAUCUAUUUUCGAUGAUUUCUUCGUUUAACUUUAUUUUAGCCUCAUUUAAUUAGUGCAAUCCAGAAUUAAUUUUA